ACUUUAAUCGUACAAGAUAUAUUUUUUAUCAGCUGUGAUUGUUGUGGAAUCGAACAAUCCAUCCACGCGCUGGUGGCCCAAAGUGUCCGCCCGUUUUAUGUCCGGCAGCAAAGAGGCCUCGCCCCUCCCGCAGAAUCACGGUACAAGUCGCGCGCGCGCUCCUGUGUGUGUGUGUAUGUCCUGUGAGUUUGUGGUGUGGUGUGCUGUGUGCGCCCGCUGUCGUCGUCCAACUCUCGUCGCGUUGUGUGCAUAGUGCGUCGUGUGUGUGUGUGUGCUCCGUGCGCGCGUGUGAUGUGAAAAUUAGGCCUCCGUCGCUCGAAACCCCGCGCGUCUCACAGUCCCGGAGAUUCACGCACCCUUCCCACGAGAAAGUCACCCAGCGUUUUUGUCAUCGCGUCGCGUGUGUAGCACACAAUCAUCCGCAGCGUGUUUUGGACCUUUUUCCUGCGCACAAAUCGUACGAUCCGCUUGCUCUCUGAAGGGCAUCCAUCCAUCCCGCCCCGUGUUACGUACGUGUGUGCCCCAAACCGAUGGAGAGAGAGAGAGAAAGAGCGGGAAGCUGUUUAAAACACGGAGAAAUCACAAAUGCAGCUAGAAAACACCUGUUAGUGUGUGUGUGUGUUGACGUGUGUGUGUGUGUACGUGCUAUGUAACUGUCUGUAAGAACCGCCGGGACAGUUUGUUCGGAAGUGAAAGAGCGAGAGAGCGAGAGAGCGUCACGAUCUCCAACGAACGUAGCCGCACGCUCGAAGCGUAUUUGCAGGCUUUUGAAAACGAAACAAAACAUUGAAUCCAGCCACAACUAAACCUGAAUUGUUGCACCAGUGCCCGCGAUGAAAUACCCCGGCGGCAACCCAUCCACCAUGUUUUGCGAACAGGUCGGCACGGUGACGUCCCUGUUCGAGCAGUGGAACGAUUGCGAGCGGACGGUCGUGCUGUACGCGCUGCUGAAGCGCGUCCCCUUCGUCAACCUUAAGUUCCUGCAGGUGUCGAUCGAUUACAAUCUCGCGCAGAACUACAGCACCCAGGCCAAGCUGCAGCAGCUCGAAACGAAGGCAAACAGUACGGCCCUGCUCGGGAAGCUGGUGCAGCGGUACUACCAGCUGAGCGGGCACAGCAGUGCGGCGGCCUCGCUACUGAUCGGCGCUGGUGGCGCUGCCCAGCUUAACAACAACAACAACAGUAACAGCGUGAACAAUAAUCUCAAAGCGGCCGGCAUCGAGUCAACGCCGGCCUCGCUGUACGAGCUGCUGAAGAAAGCUUCACCGCAGACGGCGGAGGUGGCAGCGCUCUUGAAAGAAUCUCCUUCCAUCAUUAGUGCGACGACAGCGACGGUACCGCCACCCUCCACGACACCGACGACGGCGACUGUAACGCCGGGACACAACCAACCGAAGGGUGACGGUCACCACCACGAACGGCAGCCGGAAACGAAGGAAGAUAUUCUGAAGGACAUACUGAUGUACUUGCCACUGCUGGCGCCGGGUAACGAUGAGGCGAAGAGUCUGUACAUGUCGCUCAUUCCGGCAGCGGUGGAUGACGCCUGCCGGCAGCUGGUACCGACGGAAAUCGUACAGCAGACGCUGUCCUACCUGCUCAUCCAUCCCGCAAUCACCAACGACGAUCGACGCGUGCUGAGCCACUGGUUGCGAUACUUGGAGGACUUCAUCUCGACGUCCUACCUGCCAGCACCCGCCACGGCUGCACCGGUUGCGAAGGGUCGCAACUAUUUCAACGUGCAGCAGUCGGUCGGUGCCAACGGUACUAGCAGCAGCAGCAGCCUCAACAGCAAUGGCACAGCAGUGCCUGUCAACACGCCGCACGUACCGUAUCUAUCCACCUCGACAAGCUCCGCCAACGGAGGAGUGGGUGCUGCAAACUCAUGGACAAACGGAGCGUCCGCUCCGGGCUCACAGAUCGUACCGGGUGCGGUACUUUCUUCGGCUGUGCACCACCCGCAGCAGCAGCAUCAUCAUCAGCAGCACCAUUCGACGGCCGGGUCGGUGCUGUCGAAAUCGCAGCAAAGCCUAAACAACCACACGACAACGACCGGCAGCACGACCGUACUGUCCGGCGGCAACAGCAAUAGUAGCAAUAGUCAUAUCAACAACAGCGGCAGCUCGACCACCAGCUCCUCCUCCAGCUCGACCACCAGCUCUAGCUCCUGUCUGGACAGUGCGGCGUCGCAGCUGCUGAAAGCGACCCCUUCCCCGCGGCUGCUAGUGGCACCCUCAUCCCAGCAGCAGCCAGCUGAAUACCAUCAUCAUCAUCACCACCACCACCAAACCGCCGACGAGGGCAAGCCGGCGGUGGCGGUGAACGAGUUUAGCAAGACGAUCGGGCAAAGCCUGCUGGGUUCUAGUCAAACGCUGCUAGCAGGCACCGCCGCCGGGAACGGUGGCGGCCUCAGUGUCAGUCUGCUGCCCGCCCUCCAGCAGCAGCAGCAGCAGCAAUCGCAACGGCCUACGGUGGUGCCGGGGGGCGUUGGUGGACCGACGCCCGACGGUUCUGCUUCCUGCGAGACGGCACAGCACCAUCACGAUCUCAUGGCCGCGACGGAGUCGCUCCUGUACGACUCGACCGACGACGAUCACAUUUCGUUCAGCAAGAACGGGACGGAGAUAUUUGACUACGAUUGUGAUUUCGAUAACGAGGACGAGUUCAACUAUCUGGCGCGCAAUGCGGCCGCCAUACGGGCGGCGGAGGCGGCAGCGGCGGCGGCCGGCAACGGUAUCCUCCCGGCGAGCGCAUCGUCCGUUCCGGCUGGUUCCGGAGUGCCGGGUGGUGGUGCGGCCGGUCCAGGGCACGCCAAAAAGCUCGUUUCGUUCAAUAGCAACGUAAACGAUUUCCUGCGCGUACCGCCACUGCUCGCCAGUUUCGGGCAGCACAGCAAUCUACUGGCGUCGCACGGUGGUGGCGGCGGCGGCGGCGGCGGCCUGCUGGAUCUCGAGCUGGACGCGUCGCUGAUGAAGACGCGCCGCUCGAACAGUCUCACCACACCGUCGACCCUGUCGGCGCUUGGCGUCGGUGGCGGCGAGCUAAGCGCGCAGCAGAAGCAAAACAACGAAUGCCUGUCGGCGGAGAACCUGUCUAACCUGCAGCUGCUGCAGAACAAACCGCGCAGCUUCUCGCUGACGAUGGAGAGCCCCCGGUCGUCGCUCGCCUCGAGCGGCUCGGACACGCAGCUGGACGACUACAAGCAGGGCGCCGGGCUGAUGAAGCUGUACGGUGGCCAGCCGAACGUCGGCAUGUCCAGCAUCGCGCACUGGCUGAAGAGCCUGCGGCUGCACAAGUACGUGUGGCUGUUCUCGAACCUGACGUACGACAAGAUGCUCGGCAUCACGGAGGAGUACCUGCAGAGCCUAGGCGUGACCAAGGGUGCCCGGCACAAGCUCGCCAUCUGCAUCCAGAAGCUGAAGGAGCGGUACGGUACGCUGCUGCAGCUGGAGAAGGAUCUGAUCGGCGGGCAGAAGGCGCAGCUCGGGACGGUGCUGGAGGAGCUGACCAACAUUGUGCUGACGCCGAUGAAACCGAUCGGCAUGGAUCAGCCGGAGGACAUUGCGGCACAGUUUGCCAAAGUGCUGGAUUUAGUUGGUUCGAUCAUCGUAAUGCGACCGGUCUGUAGUCAGCAGGACGAAGAGUACCUGAACAUUUUCCUGUGGAUCGUCGAACGCGCCCUGCACAACGAUGCCUUCAUUGCGCACUCCGCGCAGCUGAAGGACCACAAGUACAAAGUGUCAAAGAUAAAGAUGCAAAUUGCGCCCAAGAGCGGUGGCCACUUUGCGAAGAGUGUGAACGUUGCCGGUCCAGGCAUGAACAAGCCAAGAUGGACAACAAACAACAAGCAUAAGCCAGUGAAUGUCAACGAAUCGCAAGCGAAAUCACAUCGCAAAAGCUCCGUGCCGUACUUUGUGCCGCCCGGCCAUUUGAGCGCCGGUUCGCACCUACAGAGCGCCGCCCCAUCGUCGCAGGUCAUGGCGGGCCAUCCAUACUUCCACCACGGUGGCACCGGAGGCGCCAGCUCGAACGCGGGCGGCAGUACGGCCAACUACAACAAGAGCUCCUCCUACCCGAGCUUCGCCUCCACGCUGCACGGUGGUGGCAGUGGCGGAACCGGCGGUACCGGCAGCUCCAUGAAACCCAUCCUAAGCAACAACCCGUCCAUGCAACAAACCACCCAACAUCUCCAGCAGCAGCAGCAGCCGCACCCUCACAAACAAUCCACCCAACCUCCCACGCUGCAGCCGCCGGCCAUGCAGCAUCCGAGCUUUAUGUUCCAUCGGCACUCGUUAAGCAACAUAACGCAUCAUCACCACAACGCGAACCCGCCGCUCGUACCGCCGCCGGCCAUCUUCCUGAACAGCCUUGGCGGUUCACUGGUGGCGGGCGAAAACCGUACCACCGGCGCCAAGGUCGUUGAUGGUGGUGGGCCGGUCAAAGGAGGCGCCGGAAUGAAGCAACUCGCAGCAGCAGCAGCAGGUGAGCAGGCAGGCGACAGCGGCAGUAACAGCAGCAGUAGCAACCACAACAACAGUAUCAUUGAUAUCAACUCGCGGCUCGAGUUUCUCUGUCGGCAGAUGACGGAGCAGGCGAUUAAUUAAUAAGUAGAAAGCGCAGGGCGAGUUUGUUGGACAAAACCCGAAUUGGUGAUAUAUAUAUAUGAGGAACAGGUAGAGCUGUUAAACGCUGAUGGAGUAAAAAUGGGGUUUUAGUUAUAUUUGUGUAGCAAUGUAUAGAAUGGUCAAUAGUGAAGGUAACAAACAAAUCGAACGACUCGCUCUAGAGCGGGAGAGAAACAACGUGGAAAAAUGGGGUAGACAAAACUACUGAAUUCGCACCUUCUGUAAAGGCGCUCGAUAUGAUGUGUGUGUGUUUAUGUUUUAAUGUGUAUCGUACUUCUUCUCCAAGAGGGGACAGUAAGCAGUUGUUGUGUUUUUCGUGUCGCUGUUUAAAACUAUUUCGUACGUACGUAGCCGACAAUGCUGUAGAGCGCGAUGAAAAUACGUAGAGCAAUUUUGUCGCAAAACCAAAAUGGUUAGGGCUCUACUACUACUAGUACUACUACUACUACUACUACCUAUUACUAUAUAUACUUACAUAUAUACCCCCUAGAGGGCGCUCACAGGACAAGGGGCAGGAUGGGCGGGGUGGGCGUGUGUUGUAACAGCGCUGCGGACAAUACUGCAGGCUGAUCUUGAUUAAGUUUGGUUUGAGUGGCAUGUAGACGGACACGCGCAGUCCACCAGGUUAUCUCCACACGGUGGUGCGUAGGAUAGCGUGUACCAGUUUUGAUGUUGAACGUUUUUUGUGUUAAGCUUUUGUGUUAGCACAGUCACCGGGCAACCGCCACACAACGGGUGUGUCCCAGUGCGUAGAAACUAUUAAAAAAAGGAAGAAGAUUAUCUUUAAGUCAGUUAAGACGCUAGGAGCAAGCGCACGCCCCACCUGCCGCCUAACGAAACGAGAGGACGUCUCCGAGUGAGGUACGAUGUGAAGGAUCGACAAACCUACCGACCGAAGUCACGACGCGGGUAUUCUGCAAAAAGUAUUUAUCUUGUUACGUUUUAUUUUACCCUCCUACCAAAAUCCCUCUUUGCUACAAUUAUUGUGUUUAUCUUUUGUAAGCUUACAUGUUGACGACAUGCGUGCUGUAAUACAGUGUUAAUACAUGCGGGCACAGUAAAAAUGAAAAGAAAAGAAACCCCUUUUGCUUUCUUGGUGAAAGAUGAUAUAAAGCGCGGCGCCGCGUGUGUAAUAUUUGUGAGCAUAAUGUGAUCAAGUGUUUAUUUACCACAAUGUGUGUAUGUGUGUGUGUGUGAUUGUUUUGUUUUGUUAAGGUUGUUUCAUCUCGUGUUCGCUACUGUUUAGUACACACACACACACGCACUCGCACACAUACUACAUGCAGCAUUUUAGGUGUAACCAGGUGGACGUGGAGGAUGUAUCGGAUGCACUCGAUAUCAUCAGUCUUAAAUAAAUGAUAAAAAACGGCAAACCAUAUGCUGAACAUCGUUCGCAAUUGAAUGAAACGAAGCGCAUACUACCUAUUACUACUAUUAUUAGAGGACAGCUACUAGCGGCGAAAGUGGACCAGGAAAUAAACGUUGAACAUACACGCGCGUACAGAGCGAUUGCUAUGAGCAUUAAGCGAGUCUGGGAGUGGUUAAACACUCGUCUCAACCUUUUAGACCGGUGCAGACCGGUGCAGAAGGGACGUAUAUUUUCCUCUCUGGUUAGGUAGUGAAUGUAAGCGAUCAUUGUUUGUUGAACUACAAAUUUUCUCUUAGGCUUUUUUUCUCUUCAUCUAAAUUAGUAACAUUAAGGGUAGCUUUUUUACAAUGAGAAUGGGGAGGCUGUACAACUUUCAAAAACACAAAUCUGAGCAUAGCUUAACUCUUUUGAGCCUAGUAAUAACUGACACGCAUUGGUAUUUAUUGCAACUGUUCUUCAACGUAAUCGUUAGCCUGCAUCCUAGAUGUUUACUGUUUAUAUUUCUUUUUCUCCUUUAGUACAGCUAGCCACGUAGUAGAAGAACAAGAGUCUAGUGUUAGGAAGGUUGCCCCACACAUCCGUAGCGAGAAUCUUUCCGAAUCCCUACCUUUCCGCUCACGGUACAAAUGCACACGCGCGUGUGGUUAGGUAGCAUUUGUUCGUCAAAGUAACUUGAUAAAUUGUUGCUUAGGUUUACCAGCUAUACAACAACAUAAAAUUGUUGCCAAAUAGAGCGCAUUAGGAGUAGUUGUAGAUGAUUUGUUCCAGAGCCGGUAUGUGUUUAUUGUUUUUUUUUUGUUCACCUAAGCACGUUGUGAACGUGUGUCGCUCUGCGAAAGAAGCGUUAUAAUUUGACCAUUGUUGUGUCGGAAAGGAUAAAUUACCAAAAAAAUGGACACGAGGUUGUCUUCAUCAUUGAAGAUCAACAUUUGCUACAUAGUUAUUAUAGGCAGUAGAGUGCUGUUUCUCAUGUCCUGUGGGACAAACGAACCUUACGUAGACCGUUCCACGCUCACGCAAAUGUACACACCCAUAUCCUAUAUAUAUAUGGCUCGUCGCGUGAAGAAUGUACGCGAAGAAUGUUUGCUUACGGACAUAGCGUGGGAACAGAAAGGAUACACGUACUCGUAGGAAAAAUGGAACUAAUAAGUAGACAGGUUUCUGUACGGAUGAGGAAUGUUGUGCAAAGUAAAGUAAAGGAAACAAUGUGGCGAAAAAUGGUUGUGAAGUGUAUCUCGAAGGUAUGAGGAGUGGAUCGUCGUCUGUAGAUCGCUCAUUAAAACGAAACGCAGCUAGUGGAGCGGAAGGAAGGCAUCGGAGAAUGAGUCAUGUAUUGCAAAAAACAGUCGCGUAGCGACCACUCUUUAGAAUAUGUUAAUAGUCGUUCUUCUUGUGCUACACUACUGUUUGUAAAUCUCGUAAUCGCCGUACAAUUUGUUUUUUUAAUCACCAAUUGUAAUUGUGUAACCCAUUUAAACGUUUUACCAGUUGUACCAUGACACAACCAGUCACACAAUCUAGCUGUUUUUUACAUGUAAAUCCUCUAGAAGAUGUAUCGUCAAAAGAAAGAAAGGAAGGGAUGUCUAUGUAUGUUUCCCCCUGAUUCCCUGUCCCGUUUAUCCACACCAAACAGAAAUAAUCAGAGUGAUCAGUUCGUUUUGGUAUGCAAAACGCUCUGUUGUAGAGAUCAAUUAAACAAAACUAUGUCACACUCUGUCUGAGUUGGGAAAAAGUUGAUCGCAAAAACGUUGUUUUAAUUGUUUCUGUUUUCGGUUUGUAUGCGACCUAACUUAACACAAUACCCUGUCUGUAUAAUUUAAAGCUACAUAAGCAAAACGAUCUCGCCGUUACACACACACAAAAAUGCAGGGAUUAAAAAAGAGAUGUUGCGAUCGCCGUUCUGAUAUGAUUGUUAAUUUUUGUACUAAAUACAUUUCGUUGCGAAACCAAAUACGCAGUACGUGUGCCCGUUCCAUGUUACCCCAAAACGAUCUUAACUCUAGUGGAAACUGGGACAAAAACAUAUAUGUAAACAAAUUUCCGAUCCGUCGUGUUGUUACAAAAGAAAACGAGCAAUUAGUGUAGUAAACUGGCUCUUUCCCGCAUUUUUGUAGCACGGUUUGUUAAAAAAUCGUACCACUGAAGUAAGAAAAACUAUAACAAAUAUUUAAAAGGUAAUGCUAGAACAGUAGUUGCGCACUUGCUUGCCAAUCCCCCGUGUUGUAAUCCCAUGCAACUAGCAGCCUAAGGGCAAUGGACUAAGAAGCUAACCGUAGUGGAGGGGAGAGAUGGGGCAAGUUUGUUAAAAUUCAACCCUAAUCUAUAGAGUGUGCACACUUUAACCAAGCACGAAGGCUAUAAAUGAACAGGAGCAAGGCAAAACGAACGAUAUUUGAGCGCGCCGGAGUGGGGUUUGGGCGAGGCCAAUAGGCUCAACCGUAUAGUAAACAUAUAUUUGGCAAGUACUUUUCCCGGUUUACCCUUUGUACAAGGAUUGUGCACACAUACGAACGGCGGAUGAUCGAAGCGAGGGUGAUUAUAAAAAAAAGAAGGCAGACGAAGAAGAAGUUGAUAAAAACGAUCCGAUUUUAUGUAGUGAAGUUUUUAAAAACCAUUAUCGAACGAAAAUACAUGAAAAAAGUAUUUGAGAA